AUGGCGACUAUCGCCGAUGAGCUUCUGAAUGACUUCGAGUCCGACGGCGAAGAGGAGAAUCAGGAGACAUACGAUGGCGAUAUUGCUGGAGACUCAAUCUUGCGCCCGCUGGACCACGGUGAUGCGAAUGGCGCCAUGGAGCUGGAUGGUGAUGAAGAGGAGGAUGAUGAGGCUCAAGAUGGGGGUGCUGGUCCCCCUACCAACGCUAGAGACACAGAAACCGAGGAAGAAGCAAAAGCGAGAGUCGAAAAGAUGGACCUAGCUGCUGUAGGAGAUGUGCGCAGUGUUGCCAUACUGAUGAAGAAGUUACAACCAAUCCUCGAGAAAAUCAACCACUACUUGAACCUGCCGCCAGACCAACAGACCAAGAACAUUGGCAACAUCGAAGACAACCCAGAGUACAAGCUCAUGACUGAAGCCAACACCUACUCGACGUCUAUCGACGGCGAAAUUAUCCUGGUUCAUAAGUUCAUUCGCGAUCACUACUCAACACGCUUCCCCGAGCUCGAGAGACUGGUCCAGAACCCCCUCGACUAUGCAAAGACUGUUGCGAUCAUCGGAAACGGACCCAUGGACGACGUCAAGAGCCUGUCAAACUCAACAGACAACCCUGUCGGUCAAUCGCUGCGUCAGGUUCUGGAUGGCCCCACCAUGAUGGUCGUCACUGUCGAAGCCACUACCACAAGAGGUGUCGCCCUUUCCGAACAGGAGCUCCUGAGCAUCAGACACGCCUGUGACAUGACACUCCAGCUCGACAAGGCCAAGCGAGUCAUGACUGACUACGUCCAAUCUCGCAUGAGCGUUUUUGCUCCAAAUCUCACAGUCCUGAUCGGCUCACUAACGGCUGCUCAACUCGUCAACUUUGCUGGUGGUAUCAAGGGCCUGGCUAGCACCCCCUCUUGCAACAUCGCUCCUUGGGGUUCCAAGAAGCAGACUCAGACCGGUUUCGCCACGAACGUCGGUGUGCGUCACCAAGGUUUCCUCUACAAUUCCCCUCUUGUCCGCGAGGUGCCUAGUGAUUUGAAGAAACAAGCCAUGCGUAUCGUCUCUGCCAAGCUGGUCAUGGCAGCUCGUGUAGACAGCACUCAUGGCUCUCCCAAUGGCGCAGACGGAGAAAGAUUCAAGGACGAAUGUAUCAAUCGCUUGGACAAGCUUGUAGCACCAGCACCAAAUCGAGGUGCCCGCGCCUUGCCCGCUCCCGAUGACAAGCCAAGUCGCAAGCGUGGUGGUCGCAGGGCCAGAAAGGCAAAGGAAGCGACCGCCAUGACCGACAUGCGGAAGGCACAAAACCGUAUGGCCUUCGGCAAGGAGGAAGCAGAGAUCGGCUACGGCACUGGCGAAGGUACCGUUGGUCUGGGGAUGAUUGGCGCCGCUCAGACAGGCUCUAUUCGCACACAGCAGAUCGACCAACGCACACGUGCGAAGCUCUCGAAGAAGAACCCAGGGUGGGGCGGUGCUACACCAGCACCUUCAGGCAUCGCAUCUACCUUCCAUGGCGGUUUUGGAUCUGGCACGGCAUCAGUGUUGCGCAACUCUGGUCUCAGAACAUCAGGUGUGGGUAUGGGAUCUGGCACAUCGAGUAUUGCAUUCACACCCGUUCAAGGUCUGGAGCUGGUGGACCCCAAGGUCAGGGAUGAGAUGAACAGAAAAAGGAAGGCAGAUGAGGACAGAUGGUUCAAGGGAGGCACUUUUACUCAGAUUGGAGGCAUUUCAACAUCGACACCUGGUGCUGGAGCUUCGAAUGGAGGGUUCAAGGUUCCUGCUCUGCCGCCGGCUAAAAAGAGGGAUACGGGCGCUAGCAAGUAA